AUGCUAUUGCUGCCACCGCCGCUACCGCUAGUGUUGAGACAGCUGCCCAUGGUAACCUGAUCCAGCCACUGAACAGAUUGCUGGAUGGGCUGAAGCCAAACCGAGGGACCACGGGAACAAAAGCCGUAGGAGCUGCCUCCAGCACCCGGGAAAGUGUACUGCUCCACAAACUGGACAGGGCUGAACCAUGGUGGACCCUGUGCCGGAAGAGGAAGAGGAAAAGGCAGGAGCUGAGCCAAGCAGUGCUGGAGAAGAUGGAGCAGCUGCAUCUGCAUCCUCUGUCCCUACUGGUGCCCAGCAACUGCCCACUGCAACAUCUUCUGCCCCACCAGGUGUACCCAGCAAAGCUGAGGGUCUGGCAAGCUACAGGGAAGGCCGGCAGCGGGAACAGUCGCCUAUGCUGCACCUUGAUCUAUUCAACUUUGACUGCCCAGAAGCAGAGGGCAGCCGCUACGUGCUCACCAGCCCCCGCUCAUUGGAGGCCUGUGCUAGGUGUGCAGUUAAGCCUGUGGAGCUGCUGCCUCGGGCGCUGGCAGAUCUGGUGCGUGAGGCGCCAGGCCGCUCUAUGCGGGUGGCUACAGGACUUUAUGAAGUGUAUGAGGCAGACCGCCUAGCCAAGCUACAGCAGUGCCGGGCUGAGCGGGAGCGCAUCAUCAAGGAGGAAAAACGGCGUCUCUUCACCCCCCUGAGCUCCACCACCCCAGCCCAAACCGUAGGCCCCGUCCCGACUGCAGCCCAGGGCAGCAACAGUAGCUGCAGCAGCAGCUCAAGCCUCCCAGCUUCACCUGCUCCCCGCGCUCCCCGUGCUCCCCGCAAAUCCUCUUCGUCACCCUCCCCAGCUAGGACCAAGCCUAGUCCAGCUGCUUCCCGACCAGGCAAAAAGAGCCACUCGCUAGAUUCACUGUCCCGCCGGCGAGAAGGGGCCCUAAGCUCAGAAUCUGGGGCCUCCUCUUCGUCUUACAGUGGUGACAGCCUAAGGGAGCACUGGCUGCCCCGGAGCCCAGCCACCAGUGGCCUCCUCCCAGGGUCUGCUGCCUCAGCCCCCAAUUCCCAGACUCGGCCGUCCGCCCUCACCUUGACGCCCUUGUCAGGUCGCAGCUUCAGCUUGAGCGACCUGUGCCACUCACCCCAGACUGCUCGCCACGUGGAAAGAAUCGUGCGCCAGGUGAAGGAGGAGAGGGGCCUCCGUGGGUUGCCAGAGCGGGACCGUAAGAUUGCCGCCCUUAUGCUGGCCCGCCACCAGGAAGAAGAGUUGCUUCGCCAACAGCAAGCAUUUGCCCACGGCCAGUGGGAGCAGCAGCGGGCCAAGGUGCAGCAGCGGGAAAAAGAGGAGAAGGAGAAGCAGCGGGCCCUGGCGCAAUGCCGCCAGGCCUGGGCAGCACAAGUGGAGGAGCGCCUGGGGAGGCUGGGCCGCGAGGAGCAGAAGGCUGCCAGGCGGCUGCGGUGCCAGUACGCUCGAGGCGAGGCACAGCGGCUUGAGCUCGUCGAGAGGCAAGGGCAGCUUCGGCUAGAGCGGGCUCAGAGGGCGGCCCUGGAAGACAGAAUGCGUAAGCUGCAACAAGAGCACAACCUCAAGCUGUGGGAAGAAGGUCGGCAGAAAGAGAGAGAGCGGGCUGACCACGCCCAGCGGGAGCGGGCGGAGAGGGCAGCCCGGACCAAGCGCAAACAGGACACUUACUUACAGAGGGAGAAGCAGCAGCUCAGCCGGGCCGAGCGGGUACAUCACGAAGCACUGUUACAGGGGCUGGCCCGGAAAGAGCGGAAGGAACAAGAGGGCCUGCGCUUGUCACUGGAAGCGAGUCUGGAACGGGCGCAGGAAAACUAUGAGCAGCUGAUGGAACAGCGAAGCCGGCAUUUGCGAGAGAGAGCACGGAGGGAAGAACUGCAAGGCAGACGGGCCAAGGAGGUGGCUGAGCGCAAGGGCAGAGAGCACCAAGAGCACCUGGAGGCGCUGGCCAGAGCAGGAGAACAGCGGAUGCAGCAUGCGACGCAGGUGGUGUCGGAGGCGGUGCAGCAGAAAGCCCGUCGGAUAGGGCAGAGUCGGCUAGAGAAAGAACGAGCGCAGCGGGCCAACAAAGAAAAGGUGGACCGCGAAGAAGACAGCCGCAGGCGGGAGCUGCAGCAGGCCAUCGAACGCAAGUGGGAGCGGAGUGAGCGCCUGUCCCGAGAGAGGCGGAGCGCCUUGGAGAAUGCCCGCUCCACUGCCCGCGCUUCUUUCCACGUACGAGAAAAGGUGCGCGAGGAGACGAACACGCGCACUUUUGACCGGAUGGCCUUGGAAGCCAAGCUCCAUGCCAGUCUGGGCAGGAAAUGAGGGAACUUUAGAUUGAAUGGGCCUUCCAGGCACUCUUUCACUCAACCUUUCCGCUCCAUGCCUCUGGCCAAGUCUUUGGUUUCUAAAGAGGAUUGGGAGAAGGAAGUACCAUAGGACUUCUCCUUACCUCUCCCCACUGAGGCAACGUUCAACAAGGAAGAAUACGAAGAACUUUUCAGAGUCCACCCUGAAUUUCUAAGAACUAUAUUUCUUUGGGGCCCUGGGAGCUAGGGCUCAGCACAAUUCAUGACUUCUCUCACCUGUGUUGUAUCGUCCCGUAAGCCCUUACCAAGCCUCUUUUGUGCUCCUGGGAGGUUUCUUGGGAAUAAGCAGAGAGGAGCUGGGGAGAAAGGGUAUUCUAGUGAUCCAUAUUCCAAGUUACUCCAUCACUUUUCAGGUAAUAGCACAAAACUUACUACAGCACCUCCCUCUCUCGCUCCGCUCCUCCCUUUUCCCCUUCUGUGGCAGCUGCUGUCUACACCUUUCUAAACAGGGUUUUGUUUUAAGUGCCGUGAUUGAGUGGAGAAGUAGUAGUGGUUGUCAUUGACAGGGACACUUUCUAGCCCUCUUCCUCAUCUCGAAAAAGAAAAGUACAGGUACAGCAUCUGGGAAUACUCAGGAAGGGAAACACCAUUGCAAAUUUUAGUCCCGCCCAAGGUUAUACAGGAAACUGGACAGGUUUUUCCUUUCAGGUCCUGCAAAUCUAUAUUAAAACCUGAAAGAACUCUAGUUUCAGAGACUGCUGUGUUCUUUCCUGAUUAAAGCGUUCUAGUGAUGAUGGUGGUUAGGUGUUUGUUAACAGACAGUCCCAAUGUAGAGUAUGGAAAGAACUUGUAACCAGGUUGCUUUAAUACUUACCAGAGAGCAGUCAUGCCUUAAAUAGCAGUGCUGUCCUCAUGUGCCUGCCUUAGCUCAUCCCUGAUCAUUUCUCCACUGCUUUGCCCUCAGAACAUCAACUCCAAGGUGGGCCCCUGUUUUGGCCUCUGUGGUACAACUAUGAGCUCCCUACAGCUCUGUUGGCAAAGCUGUGUGUUCUGGCUCCACUGUGUACCAGUUCAAGUCCAGAAUUGUCUGUCUGCAAAGUGCGGCAUUCAAAUAGACAUCUUUGCUCUUAUAGCCUAUUUGCUGAUAUUUCUCUUCCUUCCUGUUGUUUUUACAUGAGAAAAAAAAAGUAAGGAUUGUCUAUCACCCAGAUUGUUCAUUAUAUAGGCUCCUUCUUUUCCCUUCUCCCAAUUAGAAAAGGAGUUUUGUUGUCAUUUUCAUAGGCGUGCCCAGACUCCUAUCUUAACAUCUCUGUUCCCUUCCCUUCCACUUGAAGUUAUUUAUCUAGUUUCUCUGUUUUGUUCUUUCCAUCUGCCACAUGGAGAUAGUGAUACUCUUUUUCUAGCACCUCCAGUUCUCCAGGAUUAAAGGCACUGCAUGAGUAUUAACUAUGAGUAUUGUUAAUGCUUUUUUUUCUCCACCUAGGGGCAAGAGGAAGAAAAAGCUGUAUCACUCUAAGUAGGGAUAGGGAUUAGUCAUUAAUAUAGGGAAGUCCUAGAUGAAGAAACUUCCUCUACAAAUGCCAGUCAGCAUUUUUUCUGCAACUUGGUUUUAAAGAGUUUCCUAAAGCAUUAAGAGGUUAAAUGACUUGCCCAGGAUCACACAUCCAUAACGUGUCAGAGGAGAGGAGAGAUUUAAACCCGGGUUUUCAUGGUUCUAAGGCUUUUUAUUCAUUCUACCAGGGCUGCUUCACAUCACCCUAAUUCUUUGCUGAAAAUAGGGAUAUCACAGAAUCCUAAAGAUGGAAAGGCAGGAAUGUCUGAUUCGGGAGACCCCUCUACAAUGUCAAUUGAUUAUCUGCCUUCUGCUUGAACAUUUCCAGGGACAGAAAACACACAACUUUAAAACUAUUUGUAUAUUAUUACUUUCAUUUUGGAAUAUAUCACUCCUCCUUUGCCCAAUGAGCCAUCAGUUACAAUGAUUUUUUUUAAAGAGAGAAAAAAUAGCAAUCUAGCAAAAUUAAUCAAUGCCAACUUGACCGUACAUGCAGCCUCUCACACCCAUAGUUCAAAAUCUCUGCAAAGAAGGGAGAUAGCACACAAUGCUUUUAUAGGCAGGUUAUUCCACUGUUAAAUAGCUCUCACUGUUAAUAAUUAUUGAAUGGAAAUUAGCUUCCCUCUGAAAAGAAUUGGUCCUAGUUCCAUCAUCACAGAAGGAAUAUGGGAAAGCAUUAUUCUCAUUUAAAAAAUCAGAAGAGAAAUGCAUUCAUUACAUUUUGUGUAGUAGUCAGCAUGGUACAGAGGAGAACAUGCUGGACUUAGAUUCAGGGAGGCCUGGGUUCAAACCCCACUUCUGACACUUUCUAGCUGUGUGACCCUGGACAAGUGACCUUUCUCCAAGACUUAUCUAAGUCAUAAUGAGUUGCUAUCUGCCUCAGUGGAGGGAGUUCUGGAGAGGUAGGGUGCUUCCCACUAACGAAAUCACAGAUGCUUCAAAGAUACAGUAGGCAGACUUCUUAAGGUUUUUGUCAGGUGCUGUUGAGGAUAGAUGUAGGAGAAAAUGAUGUUUUCAUAUUAAACUUAAGACCCUGAUGAAACCAGACGAGGUAUCGAUGUUCCCAACUUUGAUCUGGAAAAGGAUUUUUCAUCCAUAGAAUUUUUCCUUAUUGGAAUCCAAAUGUCAGCCUCUUAUAAUGACUAGCAUUGUUUAUUAGUGAAGGCUUUAACUAAAAGAUUUUAAUGCAGUUGUGGCUACUUUACCUUGGUUUCCUUUACUGAAUGUUAAAGGGCAUUCCAAACUUUAAUGAAAAAAUUAAAUCAGAGAUUUAUUUUUUCAUAGGUUCUCACUC